CAUAUCUUUCUGGUGAAGGAGCUACGCAGUUAGCAUCAACAGUCGAGAUGAAGUUUGCUGUGGCAUUACUGUUGUGUGCCUUGGUGGCGGCCGCUACAGGCGAGUACCAGUGGUUCAGAGAAGUCCUUCCUGUUUUCUACUCGUCCUGCCGGGACGCUCGGCUCUCCAGUGGACAAACCAUCUCAAUCAACAGUCAAGCGAUACAGUGCACCAGAGUUCUCUGCAGCGAGCAGCUGCCGACCUCCCUGAGCAUCAACUGCGUCUUCACGUACCUCUGCCUGAAACACAACACGAUCAGCACAUGCACCACUCAAAAAUCGCUGUCAACUUCGACCGGCAUGGCGAGGCUCUACUCCUUGCUGCCGUACCGCUGUUCAGUGACCUGCGCGCGUGAAAUCCCUCCGAUCGAAACUGCAGUCGCUGCCACAACAGUUACAACAACUGUCCCGACAACGACAACUGCCAUGCCGACAACGACAACUGAGGUCCCGACAACGACAACCGAGGUCCCGACAACGGCAACUGAGGUCCCGACAACGACAACUGAAGUCCCGACAACAACUGAGGCCUUUCCUCAAACAAAUGCUGGAUACUAAGCGGUGGUAGGAAGUGCAGAAUCUCGUUCACACAUUAGCGGCGUUACAAAUGUGAACGUUUUUUUAACAUGCGUGCCGUACGCAGCUAGCAUUUAGCCUGAAAACUUUCGGCCUCCUACGAUUUCCGAUCUUUAGUUCCGAGAACUUGCACAAUUGUAGUCAUGCAGCUUGAGUUUUUGUCUUCGUGGUCGAAACUCUGAAAAUAAUAACUCAAUGAGCAUGUCAGGUAUUAUAAUUCAAUUAUUUCUUCGUGUUUCUGCCAGUGUAGGUCAGUAAAUAAAUUUUUCUGUUCCCACACUACUAACCCAAGAAUAAACCUCUUAUCAAUUUG